AUGGGUGGCUCUAGUCAAUCAGCUCAGGCUGAGAUAAGUGACGUAUGGUAUGCUGUGCAGUGUUACACACCUUCUGGGUCGACAUUCGGUAAGGCAAGCAGCAAAUACCGGUAAACCUACAUUCAAAGGAGGCAGAAGUAGUUGUUAGUGGGUGGUCAGAUCAGAUUUCCCUCGACCUUUUCUUUUCUGUUCUCGAUACGUGAACCACAACAGUCAAGGGGCAAGGGCAAAAGCCAGCACACCCGUUCCUGGUUUUCGUCGAAAUCCCACCUCGCAAUCUUAUAUUCCCUUUUUUGACGUGUUAUAGUCUGAUGCUAGUCGAAAAUUCACGCCAGUCUCAGUAUUAGAGCCUUGUCCUCGUCGACGAUAUCCUCUUUUUUUUGUUUCUUAAAUCAACAUGAUCAACCCGGAGACGACGACGCAGCUGCGGCUGCUACUGCUGUUCUCCUGUCUGUUUGCUGCUCUACACGGCACGAUGGCGUCGGCGGUGGCAAUGCCGCCUGCCACGGGAUCAGUAGUCAUACCCCUUGACGCCCAGAGCCCUCGUCCCACCGAGGCCCCGAUCAUGGUCGAGCUCGCCCGCCGGCAAAGCCCUUUCACGUACAUUGUUGCACCAGACGGUAUCUGUGGCUGGAACAGUCAAAAUACAGAUAACGGACCUGUAAUAAUCAAGAACAUCGCUGCGUCUUUUGGCAGCGCGAUGGUUCUUUUCCAGAAAGGCGUGGUUGCUGCCCUGCAGAGGGCUGCACGCACCGGAACCUUACCCUACUGCAAUACGUACUUCUUCGGCUCCUAUGGGCGUUACCCUGCCUUCACUUGCGGCAGCACGAACUGGACCGAGCCCUCUGUCUACUACAUGAUCAAGCCUGGCACGGAGAGGUUCUUUGCAACCUCGACCACCCUGGCAACCCUCCUCACAGCAACCGCCACCUCGGACGGUUCUGUCGUCACGCAGGUAGUGACUGUAGCCCCAACCGGCUCGACGAAUGGCGGGGCCGGAGAAGGCGACGGAAACAGCAGCGUUGGUGGUGGAAACAGUCAGCCAUCUAGCAGCGGCGGCGGCGGUGGUGGGGGUGGAGGUGAGCAACCAUCCAACGGCGCAAACACGGGCGCCAUCAUAGGAGGCGCGGUCGGCGGUGCGGCGGUCCUGGCCAUCUCCGCCCUCGCCGCGGUCCUGCUCUACCGCCGCAGGAAGAAGAACAAGCGCGACGCCACCGGUGCGUCCGCCGGGGCUCAGGGAGACGGGUUCUACCCCAUGUCCCCGAGCCAGCCCGACUCGACGGCCUUUACGCCGUCCUCCUACAACACCCCCGGUAUCCCAUGGCCUCAGCAGAACUGCUACUCGGUGUCGAGCGCCUCCCCACUCCCCACGUCGCCGCCCAACGCCCCGCACUAUGACAGAGUAUAUCCCAAAUACCCGGCUCCCAUGGCUGAGGUCGACAGCACUGGGCAGAAUCGGGUACAUGAGUUGGGGACGAACUAAAGUUGAACCCAGGGCAUGUCCUGAAAUUUUGUGUUCCCCCAUGAUCAAGUGCGUUUUGCUUAUCCUUGUGUGACCGGUCGAGAAGGAUCAUUGGCUUUUGAACGGCCCCCCUGGUGUAGCCUCCAUAUAUAUCCUCACGCAACGUCCCUUCAGAUAUAAUCUGGUUCUUUUUGCAUUCCCAACCGAAGUAAUCGUUACUCGGUCAACCAAUUCAAUAUAAUCGACACAAAACGGCAAAGUGAAAUGAUCUAUUGCUGAGCAUUUCGAUAGGCAUACCGUUUGGGCCUCACUGGUCUCUUUUUCUGGAUUAGCGCCUAUCGACAAUUUUGGCCAUCCUUUUGUUAAACUUGGUUUGAAGGCUUUCAAAAAAUUCAUGCCUGCCAAGUCCAUGUUCGGAAAAGCAUGCCAUAGCAUGUCAUUAAACGGCAACAUUGCCGGCAUCGUUUGUGUUGCAUUGCUUCGGAAUGAUUUCCUGUAUAUGUUGGGCAUCUUUCUAGGUCGCCGAGUUCAUAAAUAUUAUGUUCCCAG